UCCGGCCGCCGCCAACGGCCGCCCUGCCCGGCCGCCGAAUUCAAACCCGAGCGGCCCGCCCCCCCCCCCGCCUGCUCAUUGGCCGCCGCCGCCGUGACGCCAGCAGGGCGACGGCGACAGCGGUUGAUCAACUCCAAAAUGUUAUCCUGGCAUCUCUGCCAAGUUCACAAAUGUUUGUUGCUGCGCAAUAUAAAACUGAAUUCAGUAAAGGUAGCUACUUUGACCAGAAGGAUCCAUUCUUCAGCAGAAGACUUUUCAGACUGUGAGUCGAAGGACCAAGCCGUACAGAAAAAUGAAACUGAAGGGUUGUCUCAAAGCACAGAAAGCAAAAAUUGUGGAAGAUUACACAUACCGGUGAUGCUGGAGGAGGUUGUUAAUUGUUUAUCCCCCCAGUCAGGCCAGUGUUUCCUUGAUAUGACGUUUGGAGCCGGAGGUCAUACAACAGCUCUUCUAGAGAAAGCCAGUGACAUUACGGUGUAUGCACUAGACAGGGACCCCACAGCUUACAAAAUAGCUCAGCAGCUUUCAGAGUCUUACCCGAAACAAAUUCGAGCUCUUCUAGGACAGUUUAGCCAGUCAGAGGCCUUGUUAAUCUCAUCUGGAGUUGAGCCAGGGACUCUAGAUGGAGUUCUCUUGGAUGCUGGCUGUUCUUCUAUGCAAUUUGAUACACCUGAAAGAGGUUUUUCCCUGCAGAAGGACGGACCUCUGGACAUGAGGAUGGAUGGUGACAGGUACCCUGACAUGCCCACUGCUGCUGAUGUUGUGAAUGCUUUAGAUCAACAGGCACUUGCGUCCAUCCUGAGAACAUACGGGGAGGAGAGGCACGCCAAGAAAAUCGCUUCAGCCAUCGUUCAGGCACGCAGCAUAUAUCCCAUCACCAGAACUCAGCAGCUUGCAAGCAUUGUUGCAGGUGCUUUUCCAGCAUCAGCAUUGUAUGCACGAAAAGACUUGCUUCAGAGACCUACACAUGUUGCCACCAAAACUUUCCAAGGCCUGCGAAUAUUUGUAAAUGAUGAGCUUCAUGAGCUCUUUAUAGGGCUGAAGACAGCUGAGAAGUUUCUAAAACCUGGAGGUCGCCUAGUGGCCCUCUCGUUUCAUUCUCUAGAAGAUCGUAUCAUCAAACGUUUUCUUCAUGGAAUAGACAUGACGGAAAAGUACAAUCUUGGCUCACGGCAGAAGAUAAGACAAGCUCUGAAAAAUUCCUCCAAAGAAGAUGACUCACAAGAAUUUCUCCAUGGAAAACCCAACUCAAAGUGGACUUUUAUACAGAAAAAAGUUCUCACCCCUCAGGCCAAAGAUAUUCAAACAAACCCAAGAGGGAGGUCAGCCAAGCUAAGAGCUGCUGUUAAACUCUAAAAUACAAUUUAUCAUUAUAUAAUUGUAUAAUUUCCUAAAAUUUCAUUUUCCAGAAGGCUACCUGGACAGAUAAUAUCAAAAUAAAAAAAUAAAAAAAAAAAAAAAGGAAAAGACUGUUGGAAGAAAUUGUUCUUAUCAUUGUGUUUCUUUUUAAUUGGGAUGUAAUAUAGAACAUCAACUGGUAAAAUAAGUUAGAUGAGUGGGUGUCACUAAUUAUAACAAAAAGACAUCUUUUUAAAAAUAACGUAAAAACUAAAGUUUUUUUUUAAACUAUGGUUUUGAUGUAGUUAAAAUAUUCCCUUUAGAUUAAAUUCAGAACUCUGACAUAACAGACUAAAUUCUGAUUGCUGAUUGAGAAAGACAUGUUUUUAUGGGGGUUGGUUUCACUAAACUAAGUCAGAUUACUGGUUUAGUCUAGAGCAAGUUUUUAAACUAGCUUAAGAAUUAAUGAUAUUUCAAUUUCUGUGUCUGUUGAUUUGUUGCAUGAAUGUUUGUAGCUAGGAGCUAUGUUUGUAGCUAGGUCUUAAAUAAACUGAUAUCAUUAUGUAAUGUCUAAUCCAGGAAUUUAUGAAUGAGCUCUUACCUUGGUUAAUAAGUAAAUAUUUACAUCUGAGUGAUAGCCUGGUAAUCUAAUGUUUAUGGUUUUUAAAUAAUGAAUUGAUCUCGGGGAAAAAAGCUACUUAAAAGGCCACUGUAUUGCAUUUAGACAUUAUUAGCAGUGAGCAAGCACCAUGAAGAUUUGUACUAGAUAAUUUAGAUUUCUUCCUGCAACCCGUGCUUUUGUGCAUCCAUGCAGUACAACUUCUGUGUGUUGAUGGAAUUACUAUGAACCCAUCAAACAGGAUAUAGUGAGACUUCUGUGGUAUUCUCCUUUGCUGAUGAUAUUUUACUAAGAUGUGCUUAGUUACCUACCAAGUAAGUGGCCUACAGACACCAGUUUCCUAUUUGGAUUCCAUCCUAGCCAGUAAAAUUUGUAAUUUACUUUUGUGAUAUAUUUGUUAUAUAAGUUAAUAUGAAUUGGAUUUAGCUUUAGGCCUUAAAAGACCAUUGUUUUGCUAUUUUUGUAUGUUAAUGAUGAUCAGAUAAAACCGUAAGUUUCAUCUUCUUUGACCUCUGACUUAUCUCUUCAGGAAACAAACAAACAAAAAAAGGCCUUAUUUGCAUAAUCAGAUCUGUAGCAGGACUUCAUUUGUAAUGAACCGGAAGCUUGUCUGAUAGAAUAAGAAAAUAUGACUUCUGGCUUGGAGCUAAAUUAUUACUUCACUAGCUUUUGAAACACUGAUUGGAUCAUUCCAGACUUGAUUUUCAUCAAGCUUCCUCUUCAUGUUGAUUAUUUCACUGGAGUGUUUGGGAUUAUAUUGACACAAACAAUUGAAAUUUACAUUCACCAUCUAUAAUAUACAGUAUAUUGAUAUCUGACUGUUAUUUAAUUCCUUGGUAAAGCUAAAUCAUGAUAACAUAGAUCACUCAUCUGAAAUACCAGCUGAAUGAUGGGCACUUCUGAAAUUUCAAUAUUUUCCCCAUUUUCAUUAUAUGUGUUAUUAAACAUUAAAUACAGCAUUCUGCUUCAAAUAAUAUUAUUUACUGACAUCGUAGAGACAACAACCUGUACCUUAAAUAGAUAUUUUUUCAUUCAAGCAUUAAAUAUAAAUAUCAAAAGUUAUUUUUAGUUAAGAUUCCAUAUUGAAAUGUACUCUAAUAGUAGGUUGGAGAAAUUGUGCUUCUACCAUAGGCUUAAAAGAGUUACGAUGCAGUGCUAUGUACUGUUAAGGAACAUGCAUGAGGACAAGAACAUCCAAUCGUAGAAGUAAAUAUUUGCAGAAACUAUGUGAAGACAUUAAAAUUCCUUAUGCUUAAAAAUGUGUUUACAAAAUACACUUCCCACAUCUAAUUUCAAAGGCACAGACUCUUAUGAUAAACUACGGUAUACCAGUUGUUGUAAAUUCACUUCUUCAUUUUCUGCUUCAGGUAGGAGACCUGACCUUACCUUUGAUGAUGAAGGUUGCAAAUCCUUUCAGGUUGGAGUUGCACGGCCAUGGAAGUGCAUCAGUCAUUGAGCUCUUCUCUACACUGGAUCUGUUUCAUUCUUCUCAAGGUCUUCUCACUUUCAGCCUUGAGAUAUGGAGAGUCCUUGAAUUUAAUUUCUGCUUCAUUGAAAACAGAAUUUUCAUUAUUUUUUUCCCACGGAAAAAAAAAACUUCCAUUUAUUUUUAGUCAAAGUAUUCUUGUAUCUUUAGGCAUUUCAUUUCUGUUUAGCAGGUGAAGUUCUUUUACGUGAAGGAUAUUAGGCCUUUGUUUUUUUCCAACAUAUGUUAAACUUUCCUAUUGUGGUACGUUGCACGUGUUAGGAGAACUAUUAUUAUUAUUAUAUUUUUUUUUACCAUAACCAAAAACAUUUUUUCAUAUGAAGGAGAUGGUGUCUGGUAGAAAAUUACAGUCUCAAUGAAAAUUAAAUCAUGCUAUCAAGAUACAAGUUAUGUAUCAUUUCUAAGAAAUGCUAUUAAACCUGAGCAAUAUUAAUUUUAAAUCAGUCAAAUGCAGGAUCAUGUAUCUGAAACCAAUCAAAUAAAACACUGUAGCCUAUGUUUACAGAGAAUGUGGCAAUCCCAUAAUAUUGUACAUGAUGGGAAGAUCAGAAAUGACCAAUAUGUUCAAUAUUUGUAGAGAAUAGCAAGUAGUAGUUGUGGAAAGAUGGUGGUGUUGCCAAGCAAUAUGUAUGUGCAGAGCAUAUUGCUAGAAUAUCUCUUGUCUUGUUAGUACUCAGAAGUGUGUGGGGAAAAAAAUAAAAGGUCAAAAACCAACUAUGAGACUAUUCCUGUGCGUUGUAAACGUACUUUAUAUUGAAAUUAUUUUUAAAAUCUGAUUUAAUGGGUUACUCAAGAGAAUUUAAAAAGUUGAUAUGCAGUCUAAAGUACCUACCGAAAGAAGAGAUUUGUGUAGAAUAAUGUCUUGAAAACCAGACACAGUUAUGCUGUAAGGUUUUUAUAGUACAAAUACCGUACUUUUUAAAAGCAUCAAGUUUAAGAAAUUAGCUGCAUUUAAAGCCUGUGUAAGUGUAUGAGGGCCCUCUGACAACUAUUGUUUCAGUAUUGUUUCCUAAGAAUGAUUAUAAUUUUCAUUGUUUAAGAAUAUGAAGGGUUAAUCAUAAAGGGUUUUCAAGUAAUAUAAGGAAUAAAUUUUGUUUUUACAUCUACUGUAGUUGAGUAAUUUCUCAGUAGCCUUUUAUAGUCGCAUCUACUGAGGUUGGCAAUUGACUGGGAAAGAUGUGUGUUGGAAAUGUCAGUUUUUGUGUACAUUUUGUGGAAUUUGACAGAUUUUUGAAGGAGAAGGGUCUUAAUGUAGCGUGAAUGGAGAAAAGAGUUAUUUCAAUAUACCCACUAUUGUCAAAUGGCUGUCCUUUGGUAGCAAGUGUUUUAUAAGGCUUUGCAUUCUGCUUUCUAGAGUAGCAUUUCUACCAUUAUUAAUGAUUCAUACAAUAAUUGCUAUGAUAUUGCUCUUCAUAUUUGAGGAGACAUGGUAUUAAUUAGAGAGUUUAUGCUCUAAAGAGUAUAACAGUGCCGUGAGGGUGGAAACAUGAGGACGUAUGCCCUGAGGAAAGGAGACAUGCAGGGGUAGGAUGGUUGCAAUGAGCAGUCUGAGAUGCAGUUUGUUGGUGAUUUUAUUUGAUUAAUUUACAUUUUAAAAUAACUUGGAUAUUAGCUGUCAUAGUGUGGAGUACAAAAGUACUUGUGAAAAAUUAGAAGAACUUGAAUAAACAGCGAAGUAAUGAACUCA